AGCGAUGCCUCUGGAGCUAAAACGGUCCCUGCAGGAAUUGAAAACUUCGCUCCCCAAGCAUCUCCGGAGAGUCGGUUUGAAGCAUUUCCAGUUGGGAGGGGAAUAUACCAACAAAUAUUUUCAGGGAGUAGUUGUUCUUUCCUAUCCAUUAACUAGACUUGGAAAUGGAAAAGCCUUCUUCAAAAUUGUACUUCAAGAAUCAGAAAACUCAUAUUUCAGACCGGACACAAUCAAUAUUUUACUUUUUGGGAGGUUGGCAGAGGACUGUGAAAAAGUGGUACACCAAGAGGAUACUGUGGUGAUAGCUGGAUUCAACGUGACUAAAUCUGCCAGCAAAGAUGGCAGGCAUUGCUGUCAGCUGGAAGUGCCUGAUGAAGCUGGGUCAUCUGUUUUUAUUUCUUCUAAAUCACGUACAACAGCUACUUCAGAAACAGCCACGAUAUCUGUUGCCCCAAAGUAUAUAUAUACUCCUCUGAAUCAUCUGAAAGGUGGUACUGUCGUCAACUUGUAUGGUGUUGUGAAAUUCUUCAAACCUCCAUAUGUAAGCAAAGGAACUGAUUAUUGCUCAGUGGUAACAAUUGUGGACCAGUCGGACACUAAGUUGGUUUGCACACUUUUUAAUGAAAACAGAGAUGCCCUUCCAAAAAUCUACAAAAAUGGUGACAUUGUUCGAUUUCACAGAAUAAAGGUCCAAGAGUUCAAUGGACAGUUUCAAGGAGUUACCAGUAAUGGCUUUGCUGCGCUUACUUUUGACAGCACAGUAGGAGCACCAGUGGUCCCCCGAACCACUAGCAAAUUAUUCACAUUUACAGAUGAAGACAAGAAAACGGUAGAAAACUUGCGUGUUUGGGUGGCGAGAAAUUUUUCAAACUCUGCGCCAGCAGCAGAUUUGUCGAGCAUCCAGCCACAAAUGUUUUUUGACCUCACUUGCCAGCUAGUUGGGAAAGCAAAAGUAGAUGGAUCUUCUUAUCUCCUUAAGGUGUGGGAUGGUACCAAAUGUCCCUUCCCAUCUUGGAAAGUGCUUAUUAAGGAAGAUGAUCUUGAAGGAGAUGGUGUUCUCAUCAACCAACUUAAAAAUCUGUCUGUGGAUGUUAUCGUAUAUGACAACCAUGUACAGUUGGCAAAAUCACUGAAGGUUGGAAACUUCAUCAGAAUGUACAGUUUGCAUGCAAAAUCCCAAAGCCCUGAAGACAAACCUGAUGUUUCAUACAUACAGUUCCAUCUUCAUGGAGGCACUGGUUAUGGCCGCGGGAUUACAGUCCUGCCAGAAAACCAUCCAGAUGUCAAAGAACUAAAAGUAUUCCUGGACUCUCAGGCUACGAGAGGAUAUGCAGAUUCAGAAAACUCUUCUUCUCAAGAACCUGAGCACUCCUAUCUUACAUUAGGAUCCUGUUUAGAGGAAUACCAACAGUUAUCUGUUACAGUGCUAACUGAUCACCAGCACUUUGAUGUGACAACAGUUAAUACUAUUCUAAAUAGCCGAGUUCCUCAACAAUAUCGCAUCAGAGCUAAGCUGAGAAGAUUUGAACCCAAGAAGCUCCAUCAAUCCGUUAAACUUCUUUGUCCACAGUGCAACUCGUUGCAAGAAGUUCCAGAUGUGUCCGAGUUUGAUGCACUUUUACAAGCUUCAUCUAAGCAUCCAAAUCCAAAUUUACAAAAUAUCCCCUUCUGUCAAUCUGUUGUGUGGGAUAUUGAAAACCAAGGAAGACGAUACGUAGCAAUUCAUUUUGUGACACGCUAUGAACUACUUCAAGAACCAGAAGACAGUUUGAUUAUGAUUGAAGGAGGGACUGUACCAGAAAUCUUAAGGCUUUCCAAAAAAUUUAAAGGAAUUAUUCCUGUGAGAUCCAUAGAAGAUAACCUUGUGUCACUGGACCUUUCAGCGCCAUUUUUUUGGCAAGGAAAUAUUCAAUACUAUGGGUGUCGACGCUGUUCGGACCCAAAGGCGAUGCCAAGUCUGCAUGCCCUAGCUGCACAGCAAAAUGCAUUGUGGGAGUCCACUACAAUAGCAGAAGCUUUAGGCAUUGUCCUCCUUCAAUAUGUUUUUGUGAUGAAGUUUACGCUGGAUGAUGGGACAGGAACACUAGAUGCAUACCUCGUGGACAGUGAAAAAUUUUUCCAGAUUCCAGCAUCUGAAAUCCUGACCAGUUAUAUUUUUCAAGAUAACAUGGAGAGGAUUAUGAACAAACUUUGCCCAACAGGAACAAAUCCAGAUGACUUCCCAUCUUUGGAAUGCUUCAUCAAAUCGUAUUAUGUCAGGGAUGGAACAGAAGAACAGCUUUCCUUUCAGAUUUUUGAUACCACGAUUGCUGAAGAUGUUUGAUACAUCUAGCUGCUUGCAAGAUUGAAGGCCUGUGUGCUUGUUACUUUUCUUUAAAUUUCUAAACAAUGUGGCUACGUAUACAAUGCUUAUUUUUUAUAUGAGAUGUGGAAAUGGAAUAUUGCCUGUGUCACAAAACUAUUACGGGUUUGUACAGUUUGUCCCUAGCAGAGCCUUCUGUAUUCACUGAAAGUUUUGUAGUUUGACAACGUACAGUCAAUUACAGUUUUGUAUCCAAAGAACUUACAUGGUCACUAGUAAAUGCAGUAUAUCCUGGUGUCGAUUUUCAAAGCUGAACAAAAAAAUAGUCAGAAAAAUUAUCAUGGGGCUUUUUUGAUAUUACCAGAGCAAACAAUGCAAGUGCGUGGAUAAUUUUUUCUGUUUUUAAGCUUAAACCAUUGUGGACCUGAUCAAUAUUCUUACCAUAAAAGGUGUACCAUAUAUCUGUAACUAAGAACUGUCCGAGUGGGCCCUGUCCCAAAAACUGAGUACAGUGGUAGAAUUUUAUGCUGCUGUCUUGGGGUUCUCUCUAUAAGUUAACCAUAUAACAUUCCCCCUAUAUAAUGGAACAGAACAUUGCUCCAGCUGUUGCAAUGCAGUAGCCACGUAUGCGGAUAGCCACAGGCUUACACAACACAUAUACUUUUCCUGGUCUCCUCAUGUUUUAUCUUUACCAAUGGUGAUUUGCUGUCUUUUUUCUCAUACUGAUAAGAAAAGCAUCAGAAGCUACACUUGCAGUCCCCAGUUUAUCAGGCUAAUCCUCAUACAUAUAGCUGCACACACUAGAACAAUGACAUUUCAAUCAAAUAGACUUCUUGUGUGGCCUGAACAUUCAGGUUUUAAAAUUAGUAGUGACUAAAUUAUAGAAUCAGUUCCAGAUAUCUUUAAAAUAAGCACUCUGUCUUAUUGUACUUUUAACAACAUGUUUGCUUACUAUACCAUGUUACACAUGGUCCAGGAAGGCAAAUUUGGGAUUGGAUUAUGUUCUUACUGAUAUGCUUCUCUCUUUGGUGUAAUCUGAUCUGGUGGCCAGGCCAUUAAGUUGCUAUACAAAUCGACUCCCAGAGUGAAACAAUUAUUCAGUAAUAUUUUUGUUGGGCUCCAUGCUAGAUUUGAGUGCAAAACUUUUUCAUCCAAUAAGGAGAAAGCUUUCGAUGAAAUCCAUUUCAUACUUGCAACAGCAGUAGUGAAACCUGGCCAAAAAGUAGAUCUUGUCCUUGUAUUUAAAAUUGUUUUGAUGGAGAUUAUACCAAUUAUUGGAUAUUGGAGUAAAUUCUUCUUCUAAUCUGUUUCGUUUUUAUUUUUGGUCAGCGGAGUUUUAGGUAAUCUAACGUUUACUCUGAGUUGCAAUGUUUUAUCAGUCUUCCUGAGGGCAAAAAAACCAGCAGAUAGUUCAACUGCAAAGUGAAGAGAAUAGCUUUCUGUAAUGUAGUGAGCCUUGCUGCUUCCCAUAAUAAUUUCAAAAACAGACUGUUGUAUUCCACAGAUGAAUUCAAAAUUAAAUUUUGAAACGGUUGUGCUUGUAAUCCAGCCUUAUUACAACUUAAUGCCAUUUAUUUAAAUGGGAUUUAAACCAUGAGAACACUUAACAAUGGGGGUGUUAAACAAUCUACUGCCGCACAGGGUGCCCUGUUCUGUUAAAACCAUUGAACCCUACCAGUGGGCAGCUGGGCUGCUCUGCCUCACUCCAAGGCUGUCUCCCCGCAAGAAGCCAGUCUCAGAGGAGAGCUCACAUUGGCACGCCAUCCAGCCGCUCUCAGCUUCCCGCAUCCGCAACCCAGGAAGCUGAGAGCAGCAGGGUGGGUGGGGGAAUGCCCAGCAGCACCCUGUAGGCACUGGGGGUGGUGGGGAGACAGGGUUGUGGUCUGCUCUACCUCCUUCCCACACUCUCUGCAAGAGAACCUUAUCCCCCAUACACAGAAAAUAACGUAUUUUUAUCCUAUAUAUUAAAAAGUCCAGGUGUAUUGGUGCUUUCUGACUCUCCAUUGGCCCAUGAUGCUGACUUUAUUACCCACCAACCACCACUCAACUGUACUUAUGCCCCAUUGGCUGGGUCCACUCCUCUCCCCCGCCUAUGACUUCCCUGGCUGAAAAAAAGCCUGUCACUCAUCAGGUGGUGGAAAGCCUGGCAGGCAGUGGCCAUCUGGAGGGGGCCUAGGCUGUAUGAAGAGGCUGGUCACUUUGUAUAAAUUCUCAGGCUUCCUUGCCGAGACUGUGCUGGAAGCCAGUUUGUACCAAGCACUUAAAGCAAUGUCCUGUAUGCCUUGAAGGAGCGCUAAGGCCACCGGUCCAUAUUCUGGGGUGUAAAGAACCUUCUGGGUCUGAGGUUUGUGGCUAUAUGGAAAUAUAUUUGAUAGAUCAAAGGAUUUUGUAACCAUAGUUUUAAUUGGUAACGAUGUUUCUAAAUUUUACUGUAUCUUUUAUAUUUUACGAGUAAUUUUUAUUCUGUAUGAUUUGGUAAUCCUCUUACUCCAUAUAACUGAUUUCAAUAAAGGCUGCUGCUGAUGAAUA